CCGCGUGGCCCAGUCAUGGCGGCCGCGGGGCCUGCGCUCUGCCUCUUCGACGUGGACGGGACCUUGACGGCCCCGCGACAGAAAAUCACCCAAGAAAUGGAUGACUUCCUACAGAACCUGAGGCGGAAGAUAAAGAUUGGCGUCGUGGGAGGGUCCGACUUCGCUAAAGUACAGGAGCAGCUGGGAGAUGACGUGGUUGGGAAAUUCGACUACGUCUUCCCCGAAAACGGUCUGGUCGCGUACAAGGACGGCAAGUUCCUGUGUAGGCAAAGUAUACAGAAUCAUCUGGGAGAAGACUUAAUCCAAGAUUUAAUCAACUACUGUCUGAGUUACAUUGCAAAGAUUAAACUGCCAAAGAAGAGGGGUACUUUCAUUGAAUUCCGAAGUGGGAUGUUAAACGUGUCUCCUAUUGGAAGAAGUUGUUCACAGGAAGAGAGAUUGGAGUUCUAUGAACUAGAUAAAAAAGAAAAUAUAAGGGGAAAAUUUGUAGCCGAUCUCCAAAAACAAUUUGUAGGAAAGGGGCUGACGUUUUCUAUAGGAGGCCAAAUAAGUGUUGAUAUAUUUCCCGAUGGGUGGGAUAAGCGAUUCUGUUUGGGACAAGUGGAAAACGACGGCUACAAGACCAUUUAUUUCUUCGGAGAUAAAACGAUGCCUGGUGGAAACGACUAUGAAAUCUAUACGGAUGCCCGAACAGUAGGCUACACAGUAACUAGACCAGAGGACACCCAAAGAAUCUGCGAGAAGCUCUUCUUGUAAACCGUGGAAUAUAGUUCCUCACUUAUAGGCGAAGGAAACCAAAUCCAAAGUCCAUCUUCAUGCGCAAAACUGAGAUGUUAAAAACAGACGAGGGGGGAAGAAAAUCACCAUAUGAACGUAAGAGCUACCCCCCAUCUCCUAGUCCUAAAAAGGUCUUACAUCAAGUUGUCUUUUAAGCCACUUUGUAGGGAACUGUGUCUGUGGGAUUGCAGGGGAGACCCUUAAAAAGCAGAGGGCUGUCAAGCUGUCCAAGUCUCCCAUGCCCCUACCUUGUUGGUACAGUGACUUGGGGCACAGUACAGCUGUGUUGCAUAACUCUCUGGCUCGUAUUUUAGCUCAAACCCCCACUCAGGGCUAGAUUUUAUUUUUGCUUGCUUUUCUACCAAGUCAAGUUGGAGAGUCGAUCUUUACCAGUGGACAUUUUUCAUCCUGGGGGAUGGGGAACAAAAGAACGGAGGCUUUGGCGAUCCUUUGAAGAAUGAGUAUAGUACUUAAAAUGUGAUGCUUAUGCAGAUGUAUUGUCUCCCAAUUUAAGUAGUGUGAAGUGUGGAUUAUAACUUUGGCUUGGAAAGUUUGAGGAACAUGUUUGUGAAGCAAUGCAAUAUUAAUGGCUACUGAUCCCACUCCCUUCCUGAAUCAAAGCUGCUAAUUCUGAUUUUAGGGUUAAUGAAAGACUGUGAUUAGAGUCAUUGUCAGAACUCCGUUAGGGACUGAAUUAAUUUUGAUCAUUCAAGUUUGCAUAAGAUCAAGUGCAUCCGCUUCCUUAUCUCAACCACACUAGAGUUCUGAGUCAGAGCCUGUUAGUCGCCCCGGGUUUGUGGGGUUUUUUGGUAUUUGUUAAGCGCUUACUCUAUGCCAGGUACUGUACUAACCUCUGGGGUAGGUGCAGAUUACUCAGGUUGGACACAGUCCAUCUCCUACAUAGGGCUCGCAGUCUUAAUCCCCAUUUUACAGAUGAGGUAACAGAGAUGUUAAGUGACUUGCCCAAGGUCACACAGCAGACAAGUGGCAGAGCCAUGGGAUUAGAACCCAGGUUCCAUCUGACUUCCAGGUCCUUUAUCCAGUAGACCCCCACUGCUUCUCAGGUUGCUAAAGUGCUUUGCACUUCAGGCUUACUAUGGAAAUUGUAAAUAAACAUCUUCAAACGUG